GGUUCGCGAAGACAGCUACUUCCUCAAACGUUAUACCACAGGCGAGGCUGUGUGUGAAAAAGAGAUUAUUUCACCUCUACAGAGCACACAAAGUGUAUUUAGUAAGUUUUAUGCCCAGAAUAUGUGACCGAGAAGGGCAUUUGUUUUCAGUUUCAAAACCUUUACUGAAUAAAGGGAUUGAUUCCCCAGGUUGUGGAUAAAGUGCUGAAUGGAAAUGUACCGCCGUUUUCCGCGCAUUUAACAUAUAUGAGCUACUAUUGUGCAUCAGACGAUAGUUUGGAGAGAGUCUAGAGCCCCCCCAACGUUAGGUUUCAAGCUGGAGUGGGGGCGCCCUCUGGUGAAUGUUUAUGGCGCGGAGUUGAGUCGGGCGUUUAGUCUGUGCGGGAAUGGCUUGAACAGGUAUUUCUCUUCUUGGAAAUGUCAUACUUGGAUACUCAGAGCAGUCUUUGAGGUGGUGGAGUGCGCUUUGCAAGAAUAGAGAAACGUCGGGACAACCUAAAAAUGCAUAGAGGACGGUGUUAUUUUACUAUAUAUAUGCUUUUCCAAUUCCAAGCAUAGUUUAGUGGGUGACCGAACAGCCACUCCAUAAAUGGAUGCAGCACACUAAAUAAGGACUUACUUGUAAUCAAAAUAUAUCAGGUGUUCCUUGGAGGAAAAUGCUAGUUGACAGCAAUACAUCUGCCAUCACUAACUGUUCCAUACUGUCCUAUGUAAGAGGGAGAGAAGUAAACAACACUGGAAAAGAGGUAGCCCCACAGCAGAUAGCCGUGGGUAUUCUCCUAACUCUGAUUGACUUAGUUACCUUCCUGGGAAAUAUUGUGGUAUUCAUGUGCCCUGUUGUUGAGAAGAGACUACGAACUGUGACGUACAUGUUUAUCAUGUCUUUGGCAGCUGCAGAUCUGUUAGUGGCUUGUUUAGUUAUGCCAUUUAGCAUUAUUUAUGAAGUGACAGGAAUGUGGCUCUUUGGGCAGCAGUUCUGCAAAGUUUGGAUAUCCUUUGAUGUAAUGUUCUGCACAGCCUCAAUUGUUACUCUGUGUUUCAUCAGUCUAGACAGGUACUGUUCUGUUGUCACACCAUACCACUAUCCGAAGAGGAUGUCACGCAGAAGGUGCAUAGUAAUGACCAUCACUAUAUGGGUUUAUUCUUCUUUAAUAUCGUUCUUGCCAGUAAUGCAAGGCUGGAAUGAGAUCCCUGGCAUUGACUUUGCUACAGGUACUGACUGUAUUUUUGUCACCAACUGGAUGUUUGCCAUUGUGGCUUCUGCCCUGGCUUUCUAUGUCCCAUUUUUGAUUAUGUGCAGUAUGUAUUUCUUCAUCUAUCGUGCAUCCCGACUCAAAGCCACUAGAAUUGUGUCACAGACCUUAGACCUUCAUUACCAUCCAAACAGCAAGAGACCCAACAAUUUACAACUAGAAAAUAAAGCAACACGGACAAUGAGUAUAAUAAUCUCUGUCUUUGUGAUGUGCUGGCUGCCGUACUUCGUGCUGAAUGUGUGGAUAGCUGCCAAAGGCUCAGAGUCGACUGUCAUCACAAACUCCUUCAAAAUCCUCACCUGGCUGGGAUACUGCAACUCAACAAUUAACCCAUUGCUCUAUGCCUUUCUGAAUCGGGAUUUCCAGCGUGCUUUGAAGAAACUGCUCAUCUGCCGGCGAUGGAGAUCUCAAGUGGACAUUGGAGAGGAUAUGGUUUCCAUAGUAACCUUCUCAAAGACUGCUCAGGAUCCAGAAUACAGUGUAAAAGUUACCAGCCUCCCUAGUGAAAAUAUGAAAGGUAAAGCAAAGCAGUGAAGGCCUCCUCAGUCUAUUCAUAGUUAUUUGUUACACUGAAGAAACUGUAAUAAAUUAAGCAUUAAGGACAACUUAGUGGAUUGCAUAAAACAGUAUUUUAAUUAUUUGCGCCAUUUGAGAAAAAUGUUACUUGUUAUGGAUGGGCCAAACUGAGAAACAGCCUUUGGUGGUUAAGUGCUGUUUCACUUUCAUCAGCCUGCAUGUUGAAUUGCAGCUAACCUUAUCUAAUGACAAUGCAAUAAGAUAAUAUAAAUGACAUUUCUAAGGGUACUAUAUAUAAAAGUAAUGAAAUACCAUUUUGUGAAAUGUCAGAAAACUGCAAUAAUUUCUACUUUUGUUCUGAUUUGCGUCUGCUGUUUGGGGCAAUGAACACAGUGACUGAAAAGACAAAUAAAGUUUCAAGGACGCUGGGUUCCACACAUUGUGUUUGAUAAGACAAUACAGAUUGCUAAUGAAAUGCACAUUUUUGUUUUUAAGUUUUCCUUAAUUAUAACAUGCUAUAUUAAUACUUUUCCACGUGAUCGUUGUAAUAUUUGUAAGUAUAUAGUAAAUAAGAGAAUGUAUUAAUGGAAAAACUUUUAUAGUACUGUGUGUUUUUUCACUUGUAAUUAUAUGGCAGUAGCGUAUGCACUUUGUUGCUGCUGUGGGUUAUGUUAUAUAAGAAACACAGUUAGGAACAACACGUUGGAAAUAUUGAUUUGACUAGGGCCACAGUUUUACUGCAUAUUUCCCCAAGUAUUAUUAAUGAAAAUAAUAUUGACAAUAUGCUACUAAAAAGAAGCUGAGUUGAUUUUAAAGUUUAAUACAUUACAAAUGGGGGAUUUAAAUAAUGUAUUGGACUGGAAGGCAUUGUGUUUACAUUUGUAAUUUAGUCAGGUAGUAUCCUGUUUCACUGCACUUUGUAUUUAAUAUUAGGGCAUCAUCUCUGUAAGACUGGAAUAAUUUUAAUUGAUGUUGGUCAGAUGACCUAGCCUUUUUACAAUCAAAACCAUGUUUUCUGUUCAUUUGAUGUAAAAGCCAUGUUGCCAAGGCACUAGACAAUAAACGUUGUGUGUUGCUCGCAA